UCAUACGUUGACACUGAAGCGAUGCUGACAUUGACAAAGAGUCCGUUAGUACCUUAUCAGCAGCCGCGAUGGAUCAUAAUUAUAAAGAUAUAUAAUUUUUUCAAUUUAACGGCCAAAUUUUGUAUUGUCUACAGAUGAAGGGGAACAAAGUUUCGGCCGCGCCGGAGACUCGCCAAGUCGAGGUCGGCGUGGUCGACGAAGCAGACAAGAAGAAGCACAACAAAAUCAAAACCUCAAAAUACACUUUACUCAUGUUCCUGCCGAAAAACCUCUCUGAACAGUUUCGAAGAGUUGUCAACUUUUACUUUCUCAUCGUCACAGUUAUUGCCGUUGUUAUAGAUAGUCCUGUAUCGCCUUUCACAAGCAUCGCUCCGUUAUCAUUCAUGGUGUUCGUAACAGCUGUCAAGCAAGGCUACGAAGACUGGCUCAGGCACAAGACUGAUAAUAAAGUCAACAAUCAAAUUGUUGAAAUAGUCUACAAAGGCGUGAUCAAAGAAGUGAAAAAUUCCACGAUAGCCCCUGGAACCUUGGUUCGUGUAAAACGAGGAAGGGAAGUACCAGCCGAUCUCGUGCUCCUCUGUUCCGCCGGAGAGAAGGGAAAAUGUUAUAUCACCACUGCGAAUCUGGACGGGGAGACCAAUUUGAAAACACUAAGGGUGCCCCCACCUUUAGUCGGGUAUACGCCGGACAUUUUGCCACAAAACAUGCGUAUCGAGAUACCGAACCCGGUGGCCGACUUGUAUACCUUUUAUGGACGCCUCGAGAUCCCGGGGCUAGACAGCCUGGUGCUGUCCACCGAUAACCUCAUGCUUAGAGGAUCCAGAGUCAAAAAUACGGAGUGGGCCAUAGGUUGUGCUAUUUACACAGGGGAAGAAAGUAAACUGGCUCUCAAUUCGAAAUACACAGGGAACAAGUUCUCAUCGUGCGAACUGGCCGUCAACGGGUUCCUGCUCUUCUUUAUUUUGGUAUUACUCAUCGAGAUGGUCGUGUCUUUGAUCGCCAAGCUUGUCAUAGAGCACAGGAACCCCGAGAAGGACCUGUACCUCGGUCCGGGCACCACGUUCCCGCCGCACGUCUCCGACCUACUUCAGGAUCUUUUCUCGUUUCUGCUGCUAUAUUAUUAUAUCAUACCGAUGUCUCUGUACGUGACCAUCGAGCUUUAUAAAUUUAUAGGAGCACUAUUUAUCGGAUGGGACGAAGACUUUCGCUGCGAGGACACAGGAAGACCGGCGAUGGCCAACACAUCGGACCUCAACGAAGAGCUAGGUCAGGUCGAGGUUUUGUUCUCAGACAAAACUGGCACCUUAACGAAAAACCUCAUGGUGUUCAAGACAUGUUCAAUCAAAGGCAACGUUUACGAAGAGAGGAGUGACCAGCUGUACAACGUGGAAAGGUUUGAAGAGCCCGUCGAUGUGCUUCAGACAGACAUCAAAUUUUUCUUCAAAAUCCUCGCCCUGUGUCAUUCGGUUCAAGUUUCCAGUGAAGACAUGAAGAAGCUUAGCGCACGACUGUCUGGCGGAGGAGAUACUCAACUGAUGAACUUCUUUCGAAGGAAAAAACAAAAUAAAAAUCCCAACAACGGCGUACUGGACAAUGUCAGUUGGGACUCGGCCUUGAAAGAAGCUGGCAGUAAAAUGGACUACCAAGGCAGCAGCCCCGAUGAGAAAGCAUUGGUGGAGGCCGCCGAUAGAGUGGGAGUCACGUUUUUGGGCGAAGAGGGCAAUAAUCUCGUAUUGAAAGUGGGUGAGAACACGGAAAUGUAUGAAAGAUUGCAACUCAUCGAAUUCACUUCGGAGAGGAAGAGGAUGUCAGUUAUUCUUCGUGAUAAAGACGGAAAGAUAUGGUUAUUUUGCAAGGGAGCCGAAAGCUCUGUGUUUCCACUGUGCAAAGACUCGGCUCUGGUGGAGGAGGUGAACAGGGACAUCAAUGCGUUCGCAGUGAAGGGACUGCGGACAUUAGCUAUUGCUUACAGAGAGAUUUCUGACGAGGAAUACACUAGAGUCUCCGAAAGCAUAAAGCAUGUAGACGGAAAGAGCGCGGAGGCUCUGCAGCAACUCACCCAGCAGUACCGGGUUUUAGAACAACAACUGAUAUUAGUCGGCGCCACUGGAGUCGAGGACUGUCUGCAGGACGACGUGGCCGACACGCUCGCCUCCUUACGAAGAGCUGGCAUCAAAACCUGGGUGCUCACUGGGGAUAAGGUGGAAACAGCGCUCAACGUGGCCCAGUCGUGCGCGCACAUAUCGGAGACGGACCGGCGCAUGUUCCUGGUCGGGGUGGAGUCGGCCGGCGCGCUGCUCGCCCACCUGGACGAGUGCCGCCGGAUCGUCGCCGAGCCCGGCUACCGGGACCUCACGCUGGUGCUGGACGGGACCAGCAUGACGCAGCUGCUGGACGCCGGCGCCGCGCAGGCCUUCGUCGAUAUAUCGCUGCAGUGCAACGCCGUGCUGUGCUGCCGACUGUCGCCCAUACAGAAGGCUAAGAUAGUGAGACUUAUAAAGAGCAGUCCGCAGCAUCCGAUCACGGCCGCUAUAGGCGACGGCGCUAAUGACAUCUCUAUGAUACAAGAGGCGCACGUCGGCUUCGGUAUAUUCGGAAGAGAGGGUCAUCAGGCCGCGAGAUCCGCAGAUUUCGCCAUAACAAAAUUUUCAAUGAUAAAAAAGUUUUUACUCGUGUUGGGACAUUGGUACUAUCAGCGGCUGGCGACGCUCAUACACUACUUCUUCUACAAAAAUCUAGUCUUAGGUAAUAUAAUGUUCGCGUUUCAAAUCCAAACGGCCUUUUCGACACAAUCGGUAUACGACUCGAUGUACCUGACGCUGUUCAACCUGCUGUUCACGUCGCUGCCCUGCCUCAUCCUGUCGGUGACGGAGCAGCGCUGGCCGGCCGACAUGCUGCUCAAAAACCCGACACUGUACAGAAGCAUCACGAAGAACAAGCUGAUGACGUGGUCUAACUUCGGGGUGUGGUGCCUCUCGGCCGUGUACCACUCUGUUGUCAUUUACAUGUUCACGUAUCUGAUAUUCGUCGUGCCCGUCAUUAAUCUCGACGGGAACACUGUCGACUUGUGGUCGUACGGCGCUGCGCUAUUCCACCUCACGAUGGUCACCGUGAGUCUCAAGCUGUGGCUGCAGGCGCGCUACCACACGCUCGUGUUCGUCGCCUCCACCCUGCUCUCCUUAUUCAGCUACCUCGUCUUCAACACGAUCUACUCGCUCGUCUAUCUACAAAUCGACGGUGACGUGCUAGGGACGUACAUUCGUUUACUAACAUCUCCUGCGUUCGCAUUUCUAAACUUGGUGGUUGUGAUCGCGACGCUAGUGCCGGACUACUGCGUGCGGCUCGCGUCGGACCGCGGGGGCCGCCCCCGCCACGCGCCCCCCACCCGCGCGCCUCCCGCCGCCCUCUCCACCAGGCUCUAGCGCCACCGCCGCGCCACCGAGUGCGGCCCUGCAUUCAACGUGACUCAAAUCAGUGUGACCAGUGUUACAAACUAUUUCAAAACAGUUU